GCGCCUCAGCCUGGCGCUGCGUCUCCGCUGUCGCUGGAGCGAGGGACGCGGAGCGGCCGGUUCUACCGGGGGUCGCCGCCGCCGCCGCUGCUAUGGGACCGUCCAUCCGCGGCCCGGGCCUCCUGCUGGCGACGGUGGCGCUGUCGUGGCUCGGCGCAGCGCGGGCUCAGGGCACGUGUCCGCCUCCGGAGAGGCUGGACUAUGCAGAGCUGGAGAAGCCAGAGGUUUCAGGGACAACAGAGGGCUUUCCCAUUGGAACCACGGUGUCCUACGUCUGCCGGCCGGGGUAUAUGAAAAUCUUGGGAAAAUCAUCAUCUCGGACAUGUAGUGAAGACUUACAGUGGGUGCCCAAAGAGCAGUUCUGCACAGCGAAAAAGUGUAACCAUCCAGAACAAUUAUUGCAUGGUUCUGUUCAUGUGACAAGUCUUGAAUUUGGUUCAGAAGCUACUUUUUCUUGUGCAGAAGGAUACAGAUUAGUUGGACCUGAUAGAAUUUCCUGUGAAAUUCGGGGUAAUGGUGUUGGCUGGAGUAGAGAUCUUCCUGUCUGUGAAGCAAUUGCUUGUAAACCACCUCCGAGCAUCCCCCACGGGAGCUACACGGAAGCUGAAAACUACGUGUAUCAGACGGCAGUGACCUACACCUGCGACCGGCCCCCCGCGGGCGACGAGCCCUUCUCACUCAUUGGACCCCCUAGUAUUUUCUGCACCUUUGAUGAACACUUAAAUGGAGUUUGGAGUGAAGCCCCUCCCCAGUGUAAAGUGGUCAAGUGCGAUAACCCGAGAGUUGAAAAUGCAAAAAAAAUAUUUGGAUCUGGAUUUUCCUAUAGAUAUGGGGACUCAGUCACGUUUGAGUGUGAUCCAGGCUAUUUCAUGACCGGAUCGGAGACAAUUACCUGUGGAGAAGAUAACACCUGGUCUUCAAAACCAGUUUGUGAAAAAAGCACGUGUCCGCCUCCGGAGAGGCUGGACUAUGCAGAGCUGGAGAAGCCAGAGGUUUCAGGGACAACAGAGGGCUUUCCCAUUGGAACCACGGUGUCCUACGUCUGCCGGCCGGGGUAUAUGAAAAUCUUGGGAAAAUCAUCAUCUCGGACAUGUAGUGAAGACUUACAGUGGGUGCCCAAAGAGCAGUUCUGCACAGCGAAAAAGUGUAACCAUCCAGAACAAUUAUUGCAUGGUUCUGUUCAUGUGACAAGUCUUGAAUUUGGUUCAGAAGCUACUUUUUCUUGUGCAGAAGGAUACAGAUUAGUUGGACCUGAUAGAAUUUCCUGUGAAAUUCGGGGUAAUGGUGUUGGCUGGAGUAGAGAUCUUCCUGUCUGUGAAGCAAUUGCUUGUAAACCACCUCCGAGCAUCCCCCACGGGAGCUACACGGAAGCUGAAAACUACGUGUAUCAGACGGCAGUGACCUACACCUGCGACCGGCCCCCCGCGGGCGACGAGCCCUUCUCACUCAUUGGACCCCCUAGUAUUUUCUGCACCUUUGAUGAACACUUAAAUGGAGUUUGGAGUGAAGCCCCUCCCCAGUGUAAAGUGGUCAAGUGCGAUAACCCGAGAGUUGAAAAUGCAAAAAAAAUAUUUGGAUCUGGAUUUUCCUAUAGAUAUGGGGACUCAGUCACGUUUGAGUGUGAUCCAGGCUAUUUCAUGACCGGAUCGGAGACAAUUACCUGUGGAGAAGAUAACACCUGGUCUUCAAAACCAGUUUGUGAAAAAAUUACUGCAGUUGCAUGCAGUGCCCCAAAAAUCAAAAAUGGAGCAGUGGUUCAACAAAAGUCUGUAUAUCAAGAAGGAGAGUCUGUUCAGAUACAAUGCAAUGCAAAUUGUGCUUUUCCUGAUGGUGCACGAAACAUGACAGUAACUUGUCAAGGACACGAUACGUGGAGUUCCUUACAACACUGUACAUGUGAGAUUAAAGCUUCUGAUUCCACACCAAGCAUAAAUCAUGGUAGAGUAAUUGAAGGACAGAAACCUUCCUAUUCUGUGGGGGAUUUUAUUAAGAUUGAGUGUUACACAGGCUACACGUUACAUGGUGAAGCUCGUAUUGAGUAUGUUGGAGAAAACAGAUGGAAUCCUGAAGUGCCAACUUGCCAGUUAAGUGGUUAUAUUACGGCCUGCAUCUGUGUGAUUGUGGCAAUUGUGGUGUUACUGGCAGCCUUCUGGAUCUAUAAGAAAUUCUUUUCACAAAAUGGGAAACGUGACAGCACUCCAUAUACUGCCGAAUAUAAGACCUGUAAAGCAUGAAUGACCUUUUUUGGGGGGUGGGAGGGAGUUUGCAGUUGAAUCUGCCAAUCAGAAAUGGAAAAUUCUUGCACUUGCCUUGAGUUUCUGUAGAUAAAUAUCUUGUCCUAUGUCUCAUGCUACUGAUUAACUGGAGUGGGAGCUCAUUCCUAAGACAAAAAGAAUAUGUAUUUAUGUGCUUUUCCUUCUGGGCCACUCAUACUGUUUUUCUGUGUAUGGAAAUGGAGUUUGAGGCCGGUAGCACACAGGAGCAGCUGUGUCGGCGGGAGUCCUGGACGUGUCACUGUCACAGGGCCAGCUGCUGCUGCCUUCAGUGCUACCUCUUUUCUUACAGAAGACUUGUGUCCAGUGUUAGCUCUGCUCACUAAAAUCCAAAUGUGUUUCGUGUUCGUUGGUGUGGUUGAGGUGAUACAGACGAUUAUGUUGUCUCUUGUAUUCUGAAAUGUUUUAUUAUUAUUUUCCUUAUGAGAUCGGUGCCUUGUAAGGCUAUGUCCUUUUUUUAUCACAGUUUAGAUCUUAUAUGCACUGCUUGU